AAAAGUUUCAGAUAAAGAGUGACAGGAAAACCUCCAGAGAGCUUCUUCACACUCGGUUAGGAGACACACAACAGCACAGAUACCGAAAAUGUUUCGUUGUGGAAUCGCGUAUCCCAGAUGCAGGUGGAUCCUGCCUAUCCUUAUUUUUUUCGCGAUUAUAUUCGACAUUAUCGCCAUCGCGGCGCAGUCCGGAUGGGUCGAGGACGAGAACGCAAAAACACACUACGCCAGCAUGUGGACGCAAUGCCGAGGCCGCAACGACCAGUUUGAAUGCAAAUCUCUCAUGGAGUUUCCGUGGGCUCAGGCGGUCGCUGCUCUGAUGAUCAUAGGCCUCAUCAUCCUCAUCGUCGCCUUCAUCAUCUCAGUCGUGGCUCUCUGCUGUGCCCUCAAAAUCUCGCUGCUGCCUGUGAUUGGAGGCAUGCUAAUUUUUGCUGUAAUCAUUCAGAUAAUCGCUCUGAUCAUCUACCCUGUCAAGUUCAACGAGCUGAUCUAUGAAGGUUAUUAUACCUACACGUGGGCGUACGGUUUCGGCUGGGGCGCAACAAUCCUGAUGCUGGGGUGCGGGAUCGUCUUCUGCUGCCUUCCUCGCUACGAAGAUGAGCUUUCCGGGAUUGGGAAGACUAAAUACAUCUACAGCUCUGCCUGAACGCCCCAAACCUCUCAUAAAGAACAAUGUUAAGUCACCCAAGACUAAAGCUCAAUGCUCACAGAUCUCCGAAAGCAUUUUCAUUUCCCCAAAGCAACCGUAGGACAGUUCUGACUUCGAUAAGGGCUGUGAUCGGCAGCCAAACUGUGGCCGUUUCUCCAACCUUACAGGUUCAUGCAACUACCUUUUACUUUCAUUUGUUAUUCAUUCCAAAACCGAUUGGGCUUUGAUGCUUUGUUUUUAAUGUCACUCAUUGGUCCUGGAAACUCCAGCUUUUCUCGAUACAUUUUAGAAAGUUACAUUGCCCAUCACAUAUUAUAUGUAAACAUAAUUAUUAUAGACGUAAUCAUGUUAAUACAGCUUAGAGAAUAAUUGAAAGUGGCUUUCUUGUGACUUUUACACUGUAACAUGAAUACUGUAAUGUAAAGUGUGACUGAGUUUUGAUAUUUGUAUAUUUCUAGAACAUCUCAACAUUAAGUAAACAUUUUUACGCUGUCACUGUACUUGUAUAUCAAUGUGUCAUUCCUUCCCUAAAGUGCUCUUACUCUCAGCUAAGAAUGUGUGUUUUGUGUUGUGUGUGGAGAGUUUCACAGAUAUUUUUACAGCAGAAUAGGUGAGCAAGUGGGUGAAAACGCAGAACUGCAUGCAUUCGGCAGUAAACAGAUGCUUUUCUUCGCUUUGCUUUGAAUUUCUGGAGAUCUUGAAGCAUACAUGCCUUGUUCACUUCAGUUGAGUCAGCGUGGUGUGUGUGCAGAAAAUGCAAUCCAAAAACAACGAAUAAAUAAAAAAAUAUAUACUUUGCUGGUAAACUUUGCAACUUUGUAGUUUUUUUUAAGUGUUUUACUAGAUUCAGAUUUUUCACUUUGUCAUUUGUGGUUCUUUGUGAUAUGAAUUGUAAACUAAUCUUCAAUAAAAGGGAGUAUUACUAUUAA